AUGCAGCCCCAGCGACGCCUGCGUGAGUCCCUCACGCCCCAGCAGCUGCGUGAGUGGUACGCUGGUUGGGGCUGUAGGGGUGGCGACGCUACUCCUACUUCCACUCCUGCUGCUUCUACUCGUGGUGGCGGCCAGAUGCAGCUCCCGCGACCCUCUCGCGUGUUUCUCACGCCUCGCCAGCUUCGUGAGUGGUACGCUCAGAGUGGAGGGUCUCUCAGUGCUGUUCGCUGCUCUUACGUGAUUCGCACUGGUACUCAGACUGGUAUAGGACCUGCUGCUCUAGCUACUGGUGAGGCUGCUGCUCUGGGUGCUAGUGAGUCUCCUGCUCCAGGUACAGGUGCGGCUUCUGCUCUAGGUGCUAGUGAGUCUGCUUCCUCAGGUGCGGGUGAGGCUGCGCUCUCAGGUACCGCGUUGGCUUCGGCCUCCCUCACCUUUACACUUGACUCUGGGGCUUCUCGCUCCUUCUUUCGGGACCGCACCACACUCACGCCGCUUGGUCGGCCGGUUGCUGUCUCCCUGGCUGACCCCUCUGGGGGUCCUGUCCUCGCUCACUUCUCCACUGUCCUCCCGUGUCCGGCUGCCCCCUCGGGCACCCUGUCUGGCCUGUACCUCCCCUCGUUCUCGACGAACUUGGUGAGUGGUGCAGACCUACAGGAUGCGGGGGUUCACCAGUUCACUCCUGCGAGUCAGCGGGUGACCCACUGCACGGACGCACGCACAGGCCGGCACCUGGCCACGUUCUCGCGUCGGCCGGGGUCGAGCCUCUACACCCUGACCACUGAGUCUCCUCCUGUCCCCGCGUCCGGUCAGGUAGCAGCGUCGGGUCAGGUGUUUGCUGCUACGUCCAGGUCUGGUCCUGAGUCUGCCCCCUGUUCGUGUCGCCUCCUGUCUCACGAGACUCUUCUGUGGCACCACCGUCUAGGCCACCCCUCCUUGCCCCGUCUUCGGGGCAUGGCUUCCCGUGUCCUUGUCUCUGGUCUUCCCCAGUCUCUCCCUCCCCUUCCUUCGGGACCAGGACCUUCCUGUGUCCCCUGUGUCGAGGGGCGCCUCAGGGCUGCUCCUCACUCCUCCCAGUUUCCCCCGACAGAGGCUCCUCUGCAGACGCUUCACAUGGACGUGUGGGGCCCGGCCCCCGUCCGUGGGCAGGGUCACGAGCGCUACUUCCUGUUGGUGGUUGACGACUACUCGCGUUACACCUCAGUCUUCCCCUUGCGCAGCAAGGGUGCUGUCACUGAGGUGCUGAUCGACUGGAUCCGCAAGGCUCGUCUCCAGCUCAGGAGGAGCUUCGGCUUGGACUUUCCUGUUCUGCGUCUGCACUCUGACCGAGGUGGGGAGUUCUCCUCUCGCCUUCUGCGAGACUACUGUCGUGCACAGGGGAUCCGCCAGACCUUUACGCUUCCUGACUCUCCACAGCAAAAUGGGAUUGCUGAGCGCCGCAUUGGCAUGGUCAUGGAUGUCGCUCGUACGUCCAUGAUGCAUGCGGCUGCCCCCCAUUUUCUGUGGCCGUUUGCGGUUUGGUACGCGGCGCAUCAGCUCAACCUUCACCCCAGGGUCUCUCGGCCCGCGAUGUCCCCAGUGUUACUGUGGACGGGGAAGGUCGGCGAUGCGUCUGCGUUCCGUGUCUGGGGAUCUCGGGCGUUUGUCCGCGACUUGUCUGCGGACAAGCUGUCCCCCCGUGCUGCUCCCUGUGUCUUCCUUGGCUUCCCCCCUGACGCUCCAGGGUGGCAGUUCUACCACCCCUCCUCUCGUCGUGUUCUGUCCUCCCAGGACGUCACGUUCGACGAGUCAGUCCCCUUCUACCGCCUCUUCCCCUACCGUACUCCUUCCCUCCCCCCCCCACCGGACUUCGAGGUACCAGUUCCCCCCCCGGUAGACCCCCUCCCCCCUCAGGUUCCUGCCCCUUCAGGUGUGUCCCAGGUAGACACGGUCGAACCAGUCGAGGUUGCUGCUGAGUCUGGUCCUGCUGCGGGUGCUGAACCUGGGGGUGCUGCUGCUGGGGGUGCUGAGCCUGGGGGUGCUGAGCAUGGGGGUGCGAGGCCGGGGGGUGCUGAGUCUGGGGGUGCUGAGCCGGGGGGUGCUGAGCCGGAGGGUGCUACGUCAGGAGCUGCUGAGCCUGGGGGUGCUGGGCCUGGAGGUGCGGAGCCUGCGUCUGCUGGACCUGGGGGCUCUCCGGUUCUUCUGUCUCGGCGGGAGCCGCUCUCUCCACAGGAGCUGCGCGAGUGGUUUGCUCGCCGCUGGAGGCGUGCUGCUGGAGCUGGAGCUUCUUCGCCUGCUGAGGGUGCUGCCGGUCCCGGAGCUGCUGGGCCUGCGAGUCCUACUGGAGCUGGAGCUACUGAGUCGGGGGGUGCUGAGUCUGGAGCUGCUGAGCCUGGAGGUGCUGAGUCUGGAGCUGCUGAGCCUGGGGGUGCUACGUCUGGAGCUGCUGUGCCUGGGGGUGCUGAGUCUGGAGCUGCUGAGCCUGGGGUUUCUCCUGCUGCUGCGUCUCGCCGGGAGCCACUGUGCUCAAGCCUGGGCCUCCCAGUGUGGGGGGGUGUCAGUAGAGCUACACUGUGA